GCCUUUUUCUCCGCAUGCCACAUUGCCCCUCUCCAAUUUGUCUAGUCUCGUUGGGUAGGGCGAUUCCUUGUUUUACGGUCUCUCUCCCACAAAUAAUAGCCUAUCAGAGUUCAAUCAUAGGACAAUAAGGCACAAGAUCUAUUUUCAGUGAUCGUAUACUAUCCUACGGGAUCACUCUAUGAGAAUGAGUGCCACAGCUGAAGACGUGAUACCCGCACCAGGGGAGUGGCCUGUGGAUCCUCAAGAAGAUUUACCCAUUUCGGAAGAUCGCAUUUGGGUGGAUGGAUGCUUCGACUUCAGCCAUCACGGCCAUGCGGGUGCCAUGCUCCAAGCCCGUAGAUUGGGAAAUGAGCUUUAUGUCGGCGUACAUUCUGAUGAAGCAAUCCUCGAGAAUAAGGGACCGACGGUAAUGACGUUGGAGGAACGAGUAGCUGCGGUAGAAGCAUGUCGCUGGGUGACUCGCUGCGUCCCAUUUGCCCCAUAUGUGACGUUUCUUCCUUGGGUGUCACACUACGGCUGCAAGUAUGUUGUCCAUGGAGAUGACAUCACUUCUGACAGCAAUGGGGAAGAUUGUUACCGAUUUGUUAAGGCUGCAGGGCGCUUCCGCGUGGUCAAUAGGACACCCGGUAUAUCCACAACAGACCUUGUGGGACGAAUGCUACUGUGUACAAAGAAUCAUUUUGUUAAGAGUGUGAAAGACACGCUUAUCGGGAAGGAAGGAUCUGGAAGUCUAGAAGAACGCAAGCACUCGGCUGAGAGUCUCAUGCAAAGGAUUCGUGAUUAUGCCACCGAUGAAACAGGUCUGCAGCCCGGCCCACAGGUUUGGAUCUGGAGCGGAUCAAGCUCAGCAAAACUCGAAGAUACGGUGGAAGAACCAGGUGCAUUUGAGACUAUUGUUAAUGGGCAGCUACCGAGACCAGGACAGCGGAUUGUCUACGUUGAUGGUGGAUUCGACCUCUUCUCAUCCGGGCACAUCGAAUUUCUUCGACAAGUUUUGGCUCAGGAAGAAUCGGAAGGUCACCGGCGGGGCUGGUACGACCAAGACCAGAAAACACAGAGAGUUAAAGAGCACGGAGAAGACUACGGCCCUGCUUAUGUUGUUGCUGGUAUCCAUGACGACGACGUGAUAAACCACUGGAAGGGUCUCAACUACCCGAUCAUGAACAUCUUUGAACGCGGACUAUGCGUUCUUCAGUGUCGCUAUAUUCAUGCCGUGAUAUUCUCGGCCCCCUUCUCUCCCAGCAAGCCAUAUUUGGAAGCCAUGCCUUUAGGUACCCCAGAUGCAGUUUAUCACGGUCCGACUACUUUUAUACCCCUCACCUACGAUCCCUAUAUGGCACCCAAGAGGAUGGGCAUAUUCAAGGAGACUUCUAGCCACCCAUACCAGCAUGUGAAUGCUGGUGAGAUUGUUGACAGGAUAUUGAAAAGCAGGGAAGCCUACGAAGAAAGACAGCGCGCCAAACUUGAAAAGGGUGCUGUCGAAGAGCUAGUCAAGUCUAAGGAAUCGGCCUCUGUCUAGACUGAACGGCGUAUAGUAAGAAGAAGCCGGAGUGCUAUUUCAUAGAACAUGGGGAAAGACAAAAGAAAGAUAGUGAGCAAAAGCCUAGAUGCUGCAACGAUAGAGAGUCAAAUAAACCGAGCAAUCCGGCUAUCCACCUGCCUGGAUGCAUAUUGAUAGGCCCAGGUAGGGUGGCGCUUGAAUAACGGUUAUUGGAUACUGGACCGGAAAAAGGUAAGACGUGCUUUUCUAUGUAUUCUGCUGCAAGUCUCUACCAGACAAGUAUAUGUACGUAUUGAGGCGUGAUGAGCGUAAAUGCAUCUUACCAAGGAAUAACAUUCCCCGAAAGAUAACUGGCUGAAAGUGUACAGCAGAUAUCUCGGAUCAGCUGU